AUGCGGAGGUCUGUCUUUCUUCCUUUCAUACAGGAUGAUAGCCAGGUGCGGCUGCGCUCCAUGUUCGUCUUCCAAGAGAUGAUGCCUUUAUUAACGGCAAAGGGAAAAAAGGCCCUGAAGUCACACGUGCGCCAGAGCCUGCUCCCACUCUCCUUCCACUGCCAUGACGAGGACUGGCACGUGGCCAAUGCCUCCCGGGAAACGCUGCGUUGUGCGGCCAGCUUCCUGAAAAGGAGAGAUCUCGAACGCAUGCUGGACGUGGAUCAGACAUGGAGGUUCGGCGAGGGCCUGCUGGCAGAGGACAGGAGCCGAGCGGCCGAGCACUCGCGGCGGGCCCUGCCGUACCUGCGGAGCCCACAGGAGUCCCUGCGACAGGCGGCCAUCAGGUUCAUUGGCAUCGCCGGGCGGCACCUGAGGGGCCAGCAGGAAGAGCUCCAGCUCAUCUGCGAGGCCCUUGAAGACGCGUCCCGUGACAUCAGCCCUGCCGUUUCCAGCCUGGCGCGUCAAACAGCCUACGUCCUGCGGGCCCUGGAGAGAGCUCCGCGCUCCAUCUUCCAGGUGCUGCGAGAUGGACUCCGCAGGGCAUGCAGGACACGGCCUCGUCUGUCGGGCCGUGGCUAGCUGCAGUGCUGCAGCUCUGCAGCGACCUGAUCUGGGAGGCUCUCUCUGCUGGGGCCACCUGAGCCAGCGGGCAUUUUUCUUUCAGAUGGUUCUUUUCUUCUUUUGGUUUUUCCUUUAUAUGUAAAUAUAGAAUGUGUUUGUCUGAGAUUAAAAAUAGUUCAUGCCUCAACCAUC